AUGUCGGAAAACACAGGUAUCUUGUCGAGGCUGGUAUAACAUCUUUUCAGAGCUAGCCCUCAUCUUUCUGCUGGUCGGACUGGGACUGGUGCUGGUGGUGCUGGUAACCGUCGGCAUCAUCUUCUACUCCUGGCAACGGCAACGCAAGCGGGUCCACAGCAGCGAGGUACCUUUCGUUAAGCUGUGUAUAUGGUUACUGUAAUUUAUAUUAAAAUUAUUUAUUGUAGCAGAUUACUGUAGGUGUAAACAUACCAUUUUAAACAUGCCACCUACAGAUGCAAGCUUUUUAGUCAUCAACUCCACGGAAGUUUGAUAUAGAAUCAGUUCACAACGACAAGACAUACGACAACCCCAGCUACUACCUACCCUCCCCCAUCCCAUUACCUGAUAAGGUAGCUCCGGAUACCCCCAAACUGCCGAGUAACACAGCCGGAGCGUUGUGUAGUAUUGUUGUGGUACAAGAGGAAGAGCCGGCUGUCACACCCGCCAAACCGCCCUCCCCACCGCCCGCUGAGUCUCUGUCCAUAAAGUAAGGUUGAUGGAAGAUGACAUAUAUAAAUGUAUCUUGCAGAGUAGACGACAAACCCAAACAACACCCGCGACCCCACCUCAAGAACCUCAACAUGAACAAGAAGAUGGAGAAGGUGCAGGAGAACGAGAACGAGCGACUGUACGAAGAGUACGAGGUAAGAUAUAAACCAUGAUUUAGUAAUGCCAUCUUUAGAAAUUGUCCAAAGUAUCUACCAACUACAGUAUGGAUGUAGCUCAGUCUAGAAGCCAAAUGCGCAAAAACAGAUUCUUUGAUGCUCUACCAUGUAGGUUAAUGUCUUUUUAUCGAUAUCGGAUAUUACCUUAAUUAUACACGUCAUAAUUAAAUCACAAUAUGUUAUGAGUUACUAUAUAAAAUUUACAGAUGACUACAACCGUGUAUUCCUAAAAGGUAACGAAGACUACAUAAACGCAUCGUAUAUAAAAGAUGCCAAUGGUACCGUCAAGUUUAUCGCGGCCCAAGGGCCAAUCGGAGAGACCGAAACAAUCGGAGGCCGCAGAGACGCUACAGUAUCUGACUUCUGGAGACUGGUUUGGGAGCAGAAGGUGGACUGUAUUGUUUGUUUAACACAAUGUGUCGAGAACCUCAGAGUAAGUCAUCAUUACCUCAACUACAAUAUAUAUUCAGCCGAAAUGUGCCAUGUAUUGGCCAGAAUAUGCGGGAGAAGAUGUCGAGAUAAGCGAUGACAUGAGUAUGAACUUGUACUGCUACACUGAAGACGAGAUCUGCUUCCAGAGAGAGAUAUGGCUCGAGAAGAAGGGACAUGGCACCAGAAAGGUACUUUGUAAUAUCAAACUCUAGUAAUGUUUUAUAGUAAUUUGUUUUGAAGAUAUAUCGCUUUAUAGACAGCUAUAUUGAUGCCAUUUUAGGUAAUGCAAUGGCAAUUCAAGGAAUGGAGCGACGCUACCGUACCCGCUGAAGCCGAAAGUCUUCUGACAUUCAUAGAAACUGUCAGAGCGUCAAACCGCAAAUUCCCUGUUCUAGUCCAUUGCAGGUAAUGUUAACAUAUUUUUGUGAAACUUAAAAUACUUAUAACAUAUUACCCUAACAUAUUCACUUACACUUUAUAACCGGGUCACAAUUGCAAUUUUAGUGCUGGAGUCGGCCGAACCGGUGUCUACCUUGGCCUAGAGAUGCUACUGGACUGUUUGGCCGAUGAAACUGUGAUCGAUGUAGCCAAGACGGUGACAGAGCUACGGAAACAGAGAAGUAACAUGGUGCAGAACGGAGAACAAUACAUCGCCAUGUACGAAGUGAUAGCUCUGGCCAUCAGGAAGAAGUCGAGAGCUAGUGGAUAA